AUGCCCAAAGCCAUCUACAUACCAUGGACCGAGUCAGAAGAAGAGCUUCUUCUCGGCUGGUUGGCACAGCACAAGCGCUUGUCAUGGGAAGAAAAGUCUGAGAAAUACACGGAUGACUUUGGCAUGCCACGGACCCCGGAAUCGCUGCGUGGGAAAUAUAACCAACUUCUCAAAGGUAUUCGACGCCAGCGUGUGAUUCCACGGCAUUUCACUACGUCACGGCGAGAGAGACCCAAGCAAGCACGGCGCAAAUCAUCACGGCGUAGAUCGACGCUACAAAUGCCCACCUUCCCACCGCGUCUUGGACUGAGAGACAAUGAUGCUGCAGCUGAGCAAAAAUUGGAAGGCUUGAGAUCGAAUUCCUCGUUCGUGAAAAAGGGUCUAAAUCUAGACCGAACGGCGACACCAAUCGAUGUCCCGGAGGAGCUGGAAGCUGCUUGA